UUUUCUUCGCUAUUCUCCGCCGGAGCCUCUUCAAACUGGCUAAAAUGCUGAACUGCAACGGACGUUCCAAGUUUUUGGUUUUCAGUUUCGGUUUAUUGGAUAUAUAUCCCCAGAUCUAGUGGAUAUAUAUUUGUUCGCUGUGGUGUGAUGAGCCACCAGCAGCAGCAGUUCCAUCAUUACCAUCAUCACAUCCAUCAGGUGCAAUCGGAAUCGCAACUGGAGCGACGUAACUCCCCCGAUUUGGAGCAAAAUAGGACUAGGAAUACGGAUCGCAUUGGCUCCUCUAUGGAUUUUCGAAACCUAUGCCAGCGCAUCGAUGUGGAUAGUUUGAGAGCCAAGUUGCCCCAACUGAAGUUGCCCAAAUCGCUGCCCAAGUUGCGUGGUCGCAAGAUCUUUCGCAGCUCCAAGAGUGGAACAGAUGCAGCAGGCCGAUCCUCGAAAGAUGCUGGAGGAGGAGGAGGAGCACCGCAGCAGUCGCACCUCCAGGUGGCUGGUGCCCAAUCGCAGCAGUUCAUCAACAGAACGCCCCAGAGGAUCUCCACGAUCAGUUCGCUGAUGUACGAGGGCGAGCAGGAGGAGAUCCGGGCGGGACAACUGGGAAGAUCGCAGCCGGGAACGUACAGAAGUGCAGGAAGUCUCGAUGACGACUACUAUGCUCCUGGCAGCGCAGACAGAGCUUCGCGACCCAUUAGUCCCAUCAAAAUACCAGAUGAUCCACCGCCCACGGGCAGUACGGGGACCUCCACGUUGACCCAACGAUUGCAGAGAGGCUACAAGAGCCUCAGCGAACUGAGGCUCAAGCACAUCUUUGCCAAGCAGACGACGGUGAGGAGGGACAACAUCGAGGUGGAUCGCUAUGUGGAGCAGUACGAGCGGGAAUUAAAGUCGGAAAAACUGGCCAGGGAACGUAGGGAUCGAGAGAUAGCCGAGAACUAUGAUAUCAAGAUCAGAACUUUGGUGGCCACUCGGCAGAACACCUUCGAUGAGGACGAGGUGGAGCACGAGCAGUUCGAGAAGGGCAAGAGUGCGAACCAUGAGACGGAUGAGAGCGGGAUGGAGGCCACCCCACCAUUGCCGAGUCGCCGGAAACCAGGUAUAGCUGCCACCAGAUUCGCCAAGGUGCGCAAGCCUCCCUUGGAUAUGGAGGAGGCUGGGAAGGAGCUUGAAAAUCAGGAGCCACCACCAGUUCCACCGCGUCCCAGUAGCUAUAAGCAGUUGCUCAACAAGUUGCCCCAUCAUCUGCCAAGUCUACCGAAUCUCCCGCAGUUCUCCAGGAGCAAAGAGGAGGCCUCCCUCAAGACCGAGGAGAAUGCUGGAGCCGGGGAAAAUAAUCCAGGCUCUAAGUUGGGCAUAAGGCAAAACAUCAAGAGACUUCGAAAGUCCAUCAAACGUCCGGCCAAGAUUAAAACCAAGGCCACAAAAGCAGCUGUGGAUUCAGAUGAAGAAAGGGACGGAGAAGAGGAGGAGCAGGAGGCUCCCAAAGAUCCACCCGGCAGAAGCUCCACAUCCAAUCUGCGCGCUCGUCUCAGUCGUUUUGCGUCCACGGAGCAACUGCAGCAGCGUUGGCGGAAAAGCUUCAAGGAGCGUGUCCCGAAGGAGCCCAAGGAGGGAACAAAUGUGGAUCAAACUGGAGCCGCCACUGGGGCCGCCACUGGAGUCCUAGGAGGUCUCCUUCUUGGCUCCCAGCUGGAGAAGACCCUGGCCAAGCUUAACGAGAAGAUGCACCAGCUCAAGUUUUUUCAACGGCACUCCAACGCCAAUGAAAACCCAGUUAAAUCAGAGCAAGGACCCAAACCGAAUACCGUGGGUCACGAACCGGUGGAGCUCGAUGAUGAUGAGGAACUGGCGACCACCUACCAUCGCAGCGAUAGCCUCGAGGAUGAGGAUGAGCAGAACGACGACAGUGGCGAGGAUAUAUCCGCUGAGGAGGCAUUUGGCCAGAUCCAGGAGGAGAAUCAGGAGGAGGAUGAGAGGGGAAAGAGGGCAUCCCUAUCGGGAGCUGCGGCCACCCACGCUGCUCGCCAAAUGGCGAAGCUGGCGGAGAUUCAGGCGGCGUCAAAGGGCGGAGCAACCGCCUGGAGCAGUGAAUCGCUGGAGGAGAUGGCCGAGGAGGACUACCCGCGGGUGCUCAUCCAUCAAGAGCACUCCGAUGCGUACGAAUCCACGCUGAUCAUAGCAAUGUCCUCGAAGGCCGGCUCCGUUUCCCCGUAUCCUGGCCUCAAGACAGCCCCCUCCACCGGAAGGAAAACCUCUCCCUACCCUGAGAUCAAGAUCUCAUCUUCCUAUUCCCCCACUCCGAGAUCUCCAUCGCCGGAAUUCAAGACCCCAGCCGGUGGAAGCAACGUUUGGUUGCCCAACGAACGGAUCAUCGCUGGCUUCAAGGAACAGACCUCCUCAUCCUGGCCAGCUCCUGCUCUGUACAAGCCCAAGAGCAUUGACAUAUUCGAGGCAUCGGCUGGCGGAUCAUCGGCUGCCUUCGCCGACUUCGAUGAGGCACUGCGGAAUGCCCCAGUUCUGAGGAUCAGUGCUGGGAGUAGCAUCGAUACCAGUGGCGAGGAGGCGGACGACAGUAGUUCCCGGGUGACAAGGAUACGGGUGCAGAGUCCACAGAUUGGGAAUAGUAGAGAGAGCCUUAUGGCCCAGGAGGAGGAGGAGGAGGAGGAUCGAUACUCGGAUGAGGAGGAAGCGGAGGAAGAGGAGGACGAGGAGGAGGAGGAGAGGGAUGCAUCGGAGCGACCUCCAUCGGAGUCGCCACCACCGCCGCCACUCCCACAGCGACGUCCGCCACCCAAGCGCCCAGCCACCCCUCCCAUUUACGAUGCAGUGCCUCCGCCGUUGCCCAUCAGCAAGCCACCACCGGCUCCUCAGGCCAUAACAGCUCCGCUGGUGGCCCCUGCUCCUGUUCCUGCUCCUGCUCCUGCUCCUGCUCCUGCUCCUACUCCUAUUCCUGCUCCUACUCCUGCUCCUGCACCUGCUCCAGAUUCCACUCCCACUCCCAUCAGCAGGGGUAUCCCCCAGAGAAGCGCCUCCAUGUCGAGACCGGCUAAGCCGCUGGUCAAGACCAGCUCCCUGCGACUCACCUACAAGGAGCAAGUGCGUCCCGGUGACGUGGGCAAGGUCAACAAGCUGAUAUCCCGCUUCGAGGGCGGCAGGCCACGCCUUUGCCCGCGGAGGAUGCACAGCGAGGGCGAGGAGUCCCAGGAGGAUGUGCCGGAGAUGGAGCAAAUCCUUGAGCUUCAAAUAACCGAAAAGAGAGCCGUGGACUCGGUGACCCCAACGAACCGAGCUGGGGUGGUCAUACCACAAAUAACUCUCAACAAUAACAAUAAUAACAACAACGAAUCCGAUAGGGACGAUGAGGUGGUCACCAGUGGAAGGAAAAAUAAAUCCAUGGAACUAGCUCUGGACCGCCAGAACUCCAACUGCAGCCGAUCCGAGUACGGUUCACCACUUUCCUUUCCCGGCAGCCGGCGAAGUUCUACGCCCACGAAUCCCACCACUUCCCUGCCGAAUCUCGGCUCCGAUUCCAACCAGAAUCCGAAUCCCAACCAAGUUCUGCAGCAUCAACGACGCAGCCGACGAUCCAUGACCCGCGAUGAUGAUAAUUUCUAUAGCUUCGACAGCGACGAAGAGAACAGCUACUACUCCAUAAGUCCCUCGGGCAGCAGUCGCUAUGUGGUGGAGAUCUAAGCGAAAAAAUAGGAUUAAAUAUAGGUUAGGGUCCUGAAAAUUUUAGUGCUUUCAACACAAUUUAAAGAAAAACCUGUAUUCAUAUAAAAUGAAUAAUGUAUUAACUAUUGAAAAGUUAAAAACAAAAGAUUAGUUAAUUAAGAAUAGUAACCAAAAUUUUUUUUAUACCCAAUAUUCAAUUUUUUAAAAUCAAAAAAAAAGAACAAUGCUUUCAAUGUUUAUCCAAAUUAGCGACCUUCAAUUUUUUUCUUUAGCUUAAGCUUUUAUUUAACAAAUAAAGUACAACUUGUAUAACUU